AAUGUAAAGAAGAACUGCAAGUUAUGGUGAUGGUCGUGUGAUGUUGAGGAACAGAAAAUAAACGACGUUGUUCUUGGGUACUUAGAAACAAACUCGCAUCAAUCAUGCCAUUCGGACUGUUCUCUUUGUCGCUCUUCGAUGCUGGAACGACCUCUCACGGCUGUAACCGGCCCGCGCUGGCGUCGACAAGCACGGCUUUUUGCUCGGGGAGUAACGACGGCUGUCAUGAUGGUCCCGGCAGUUUCUGGUCUAGGGUAGCGCCAAACGAGCAGAGUGAACGAAGGUACUGCAACCGCCAAUCGACGGCACUCUCUACUUCUCCGGUAUUUUUAGCAAGCAUGAAGGGUCGUGGAGGCCGCACCGUUGGAAAAAGAAUAACGAGAGAAUCGACGGCCUUCUCUACUCCUGUAUUAAACACAAAGAGACGAGGCACCAUGAUGGUUGGAAAAACAAAAACGAGCAGCGCCUCCUCUGUUCGUCCGUCGACGAGUUUCGCAGCGAGAAGUGCAGGCGCCCAGUUGCAGGAGUUGGGAGCGGAUUUGGUGUCUGGCUUGCAGAGACUGGGUCCCGCGAUGUCAAGGUUCCUAACCGAAGGUUUACAGCGGCAGAAGGCUAACGUAGCUAAGAAUCGAGACGUAGCUGAGGCAGCGAGCCAAGCCCUAGGACAGCAAAUGGCGAAGCUGAAGAUGGAACUGAAACAGACUGCCGCAGAGCUUGAAAAAGCAACGACGCUAGGACGCGUCUUCACCGGUCACCUACAACAGCAGCAAAAGGCUGAAGCUGACGGUAUCUUCAUUAAGAUGUACUAGUACAUUAAGAGCGUGAGCAGUUACAUGAUUGUCAUUACUUAGGGUCUAGUACGUCUACUUCAUGUUCAUACAUAGAAGAUCAUUCCAACAUAAGAUGAAUGAGUAAAAACUCACUGCACCACCUCAUGCUAGGCACAUUCAUUCAUUCAUACUUUUUUUUAAGGUCCUGCUCAACAUGUACAUCCACUUCAAGAAUAGGGUUAGUAAUGAAGCUCGCAGUCAUUAUUUAAGGUCCUGACUGGUAAGUACCUCUCUCUCGCUCUCGUUCAAACAGGUACUGGGGAUAGGCUCUCGGAAGACGUGUAUGAUAGUGCAGCAUCAGGCUACGCCCUGUUGAAGGAAGGAGCGGAGGAUUUGCGUUCCCUACUGUCAGACGCCGUACCAGACGUGGAAAGGCGUUUGGCUGAAGUAACUUUGGUGGCUUGA